AUGACUGUCAAAGGAUUACCCAAAACAGUCGUACUCCUAUCCACCGUCAUGCUGGAUGUUGUCGCUCCAAAUGGACGGCAGAAAACUUUUCGUGCAUUACUUGAUAGCGGCUCCCAAGCCAGUUUUAUUACAGAAAAAGCUGCUUCAGUGUUAAUGCUCCGUCAGGUCCACUCACCGGUCAACAUAACGACCUUUGCAAGUUCAACCUCGACUCUUGUUCGAGGGAGGACCACCGUUACAGUAAUGCCUUGUAACAAAAAAUCUCCGUCUCUCUGUGUGGACACAUUAAUAGUUCCCCACAUAACUGGCCUGACACCCCAAACUCAUUUAGCCCGCAGACCAUGGACUCAUGUUGACAAUCUUACGUUAGCGGAUCCGUCAUACCAUCUUCCAGGACAGAUCGACUUACUGUUAGGAGCUGAUAUGUUCCCCUCGCUUAUGUUAACUGGUCAACGAAUGGGUCGGUUUGGUGAACCCAUGGCAAUGGAAACCAUAUUCGGUUGGGUGUUGGUAGGGCCAAUACAAUCUCCUGGGUCGGGGCCAAUCAAGUCAUUCUGUAUUUCUGUCUUCGAAACUCUUGACAUAACUAUUAAAAAAUUUUGGGAACUCGAAGAACUACAAGUCCAACAUCGUCUUACUCCUGAGGAAUCUAUCGCAGAGAAGUUCUAUCAAGACACCACAACGCGUCUUGAUUCGGGACGAUUUAUGGUCAACCUUCCAUUCAAGUCUGCCCGUCCUUUAUUGGGAGAUUCAAAAACCACAGCUCUUCAGAGAUAUAAAUCGUUAGAGCUUCGACUCAGUCGUGAUCAAGAUCUUCGUCGCCAAUACGUUGAAUUCAUGCAAGAUUAUGUAUCAAACAAUCACAUGGAACUCAUUCCUCUGGACGAAAAGGAUACACCAUAUAAUUAUUAUAUUCCACACCAUUGUGUGCUCCGUCCAGAAAGCCUCACCACCAAGUUACGUGUAGUGUUCAACGCCUCAGCGACGACAACCACCGGAAUGUCACUCAAUGAUCAUAUGUACACCGGUCCAAAGUUACAACCUGACAUUCAAGUGGUUCUGUUACGUGCACGGUUAUGGAAACACCUGUUUAUGGCAGAUGUGAAACAAAUGUACCGUCAAAUUGUUGUGCAUCCCUCAGAUCGAAAUUACUUGAGAAUAUUCUGGCGGUUCUCCCUUGACUCUCCUAUAGAGGAAUAUCGCUUAUGCACGGUCACAUACGGUACAUCUGCAGCCCCAUACCAAGCUCUUAGGACAGUUCGUGAAUUAGCCAACGUUGAUGGACCUAAGUAUCCACAAGCUGCUAAAGUAUUGCUCCACGAUACGUUCGUUGACGAUAUUAUUACUGGUGCAAACACUGAAGACCUUGCACUUGAAUGUCAACAACAAUUAGUCAAAUUGUGCGCACUAGCUAAAUUCGACUUACGGAAGUGGGCGAGUAACAACUCCAAUGUACUUCAGGCAGUUCCGAAAGAGGCUCGGGCUAUGUGUCCAUCACUGUUAUUCAACUCGUCAGGACAUGAAGAUCUAAACGUCCUGGGAUUAAAAUGGGAUCCAUCGGUGGACAGUUUUUCGUUCCAUACACAACCAUCAUCCAAAAGUCCUACCAAACGAUCCGUGUUGUCUGAUCUCGCUAGAACGUUUGACCCUUUAGGAUUGCUCGCACCUACUACGUUCUGGAUCAAACAUUUCAUGCAAUGCCUUUGGAUUGCUGGGACCAACUGGGAUGAUCCCAUACCUUCCGAUCUGUCUUCCCAAUGGGCAAGAUAUCAUUCAGAACUUCAUUUAGUGCAAAAUCUUCACAUUCCUCGACGGAUAACUGCAGAUGAUGCACUAUCUGUCCAGCUUCAUGCAUUUGCAGACAGCUCUCAAAAGGGAUAUGCUGCGGCUGUUUAUCUCCGAGUUGAAAGUCAUGCAGCCGUCCAUUGUCAUCUUGUUACUGCUAAAAGUCGAGUCGCUCCUCUAAAACAUGUAACCAUCCCCCGACUGGAAUUGUGUGGAGCUCUUCUCGCAGCCCAACUCAUUCGUUCCACUGUCGUCACGUUCCAAGAUCGCCUACACGUCGACAAACUGACUGCAUGGACUGAUUCGACUACAGCGCUUGCUUGGAUUCGUUCGUCACCACAUCGUUGGGCAACCUUUGUUGCAAACCGCACCAGUCAAAUACAAGAAUUGACGUCUCCUUCGAUUUGGAGACACGUUCCCACCAAAUGUAACCCAGUUGAUUGUGCCUCUCGUGGUUUGUACCCAUCUGAGCUCAUAAACCACCCUCUUUGGUGGCAUGGCCCACCAUUUCUAUUGGAAUCUCCUGAUCAAUGGCCAUCGUCCACUGAUCAUUCGCUAGAUCCCCUUAAUGCCACUCCAGAUGAUGAGGUCCGAAAGUCUGCUGGAGUAUGUCUGACAGUCGGCUCUUCCGUGGUCACAUUGCUUGAUCGGUAUUCAUCAUUGGACAAAAUUUCUCGAAUUUAUGCGUACUGUUUAAGAUUCAAAACAGUGAAAAAAUUGAAAAUGCUGAAACAAUUGGAUCAGUUUCCCACAGUGUUCAGUGCGGAGGAAAUUCAUGACGCUCUUUCUGCACUUAUUUUCAGUGUCCAACAAUCAGUAUACAGACCAGAGAUUGAUCUGUUAGCAAAAGGGUGGCCAUGCUCAAAACCCGUUCGCAAAUUGGACUUAUUUCUGGCAAAGGAUGGGCUCCUCAGAGUGGGUGGUCGCCUGCAAAAUGCUGACCUUCCAUACGAGCAUAAACAUCCUAUUCUCAUGCCAUCGUCUCAUCGAUUGACAGAUCUGGUCAUUGAUUAUCACCAUCACCGACUAAAACAUCCUGGGGCAUCUGCGUUACAAACCUAUUUACAACGGACGUAUUGGAUUCAAUCAGCGCGACGUGUGAUCCGAUCACGGUUGCGCCUCUGCAUCCCUUGUUUCCGUACGCGGCCACUAUCCAUUCAACCCAAAAUGGCGGCACUUCCGAAAUACCGAGUUCAACAAAUCAAACCAUUUGCAAUUGCUGGGGUUGAUUAUGCUGGUCCGAUUACCCUCAAGAGGGCCCGAGGACGGAACUCCAGUUCUGUGGUGGCAUAUAUCUGUUUAUUCGUAUGCACUAAUACCAAAGCCAUUCAUCUAGAACUAAGCUCAGACUUGUCCACGGAAACGUUCCUGUUAGCUUUAACACGCUUCACUGCACGCCGAGGUCCAGUGAAAGAAAUCCACAGUGAUAACGGUACGAAUUUUGUUGGUGCUGCUCGGUUGUUAAACCCAGUCCAAACACUUACAACCUCUACGUCAUUUCAAAAUUGUGUGAGGACUCAUCUUGCGACAUCUAACAUCCAAUGGCAUUUCAACCCACCAUCGUCCCCUCACUUCGGUGGGUUAUGGGAAGCUGGGGUGAAAUCGACCAAAUCAUUAAUUCUACGAUCUAUUGGUCUCCACAAGUUAACGGCGGAAGAGUUAAUGACGCUUUUAACACAAAUUGAAGCGACGCUCAACUCAAGGCCACUCUGUGCCUUAAGCAAUGACCCGUCAGAUCUCGAAGCGCUCACCCCCAGUCACUUCUUGACACUUGAACCAUCUACAUCUCUUCCAGACCCACACUUGGAGAAUGUUCCAUUGUCAAAACUCACUCGAUGGCGUCUCAUAACAGAUAUACAUCGUCAUUUUUGGGCACGAUGGAAGAACGAGUAUCUCUCGACCCUUCAAGUUCGCUCAAAAUGGUGCUCUGAUGGAAAGAGUCUGCGUGUUGGUGAUCUUGUACUCAUUCGAGAGGCCACACAUCCACUUCAUUGGACAAUAGGACGGGUCCGUCAACUGCAUCCUGGGGCCGACGGAAUCGCCCGUGUUGCCACUGUUGACACGGCCACCGGGCACCUUGUUCGCCCUGCCGUCAAAUUGUGCCCAUUCCCAUCCUCUUGA